AUGUGUGCUUACUCAUCUAUGUUAAAUGCAUGUACCUUGAAUGAAAUGCAGUUUGGUAUUGUUGACUAAAUACUCUAAAGACUGCAAAGCCUGUCAUACCAGUUCCAGUGCAAUGAAGGCUAAACCUGCUCAACAAAAGGACUAAAAAUGACAAAGAGCAGCAGGACCAGUUUUCCUAAACAAAGAGCAGAAAGGCAGGACCACAUGUAGGUGACAUACGUUGACUUCAGAGAAGAAGCUCAUUACAGAAUGCAGUAGAGCAAACUCCAAGAGAGGCAGGAGACUGGAUCGCCAUAAACCUGAUACCAGUGUGAUACAUCACCUCUUAAACUGAGGAGGAGACAGACGGGAAGGAGGAAGAAGGAAGAGGUGAAUAGGAGAGAAGAAGGAUGAGGUGUAGGUAGGAGGGUGGAGUUAAGAAAACACAGAGCGUGGACAAACAGAGAGCAGCGCCUUGAUCCCUUGAGCCUGACAAAUCACUUGAGAGAAACAAUCAAAACAAUGAAGAUCUGAAAAGCAAAGCUGAACCCGGACUCUAAAUUCGGCUGGGAGGAUGUGUGGAAAGUGACUGUGUGAUGAACAAAAACAUGAGCCUGGAAUAACAGGAUUGAACAUUUUCUCUGAGAUAUUAGGAGGCACAACUGAAGGAGACUGAGGAUGUCUUCAUUAUCAGAAGCAGACUCCGGCUGCAAGCAUGGAGAUACUAUCUGCGAGAUCCGUGUGUACGAGCAGGAGGUGAUCAUUGUGCCCACCUUGCUGCUGGCCAGCUUCUUGGUCACUUUGGUCUUCAUUUUCCUUCUGCGUUUUUGCCCGGAGAAGGUUGACCGCAUCCGUCCACAGUCCUCAAAGCUGGCCACCAGGAGGGUGCUGCAUGGCAUUGAUGCUCCACCAGGCAUCAAUGUCCUGGAGCAUGAAAGCAUCGCUCUGGACGUACCCACUUCCUACUCCACCUUCCACCCCCCGACCACUUACCCAUCCAAAAACCUCUCCAUGUCUGUGGACUCACCUUCUUUCUCGCCUAGCCCCCCGCCACAGCCCUUCAAGCCCAGUUUCACUCCCAUUGUGCAGCCCAGGGAGCUGCCCCGUCAGAGGCUGCCUGAGUCCUUCAACCUGGUCUCCACUCUGCCCGUUGACUUCCCCCUGCGCUCCGACUCCUCCGUGUCCCUUUACAGGGCCCGUAUGGAAAACAGGAACGUGGUGCUGCGAGUCCUAAAUGACUCUGCUGAUGCCACAGAAAGACACAGCUUCCUGGGCUUUGCAUCCUUCCUGGCCCAGCUAGGACCACAUCCCUUCCUGCCAGAGCUUCUUGGUGUGGUCUCACUUAGAGCUCCACUGGUUACGGUCGUGGAAGAGCUGGAGAACAGAGACCUGCUCAGCUUCCUGUGGCGAUGCAGAAGGGAAAAUGUGGAUCCUCCAUGUGAGAUGACUGAAAGACGGAUUUUUACCAUGGCCAAGCAGGUGGCCUCGGCACUGGAGUUCCUUCACAGCAAAGAUCUUCUUCACGGAAACAUUCGUGCACACAGCGUAUUGAUCACCAAAGAGCUCACAGCCAAGCUUUGGGGUCUACAUGGGGUCUGCACAAGGACAAACCAGAAAGCCACUCAGAGAGACGAUCCCAGCAUGAAGAAAUGGCAGGCGCCAGAGUUUUUAGCCAAGAGGUCUGUCGGUCAGAGCAGCGACAUCUGGUCCUUUGGCAUCUUACUUUAUGAAAUGGCAACUUUGGGUGAAGCUCCAUUUGCAGAAAUCCCAGUUAACGAGCUUCUGCAGUUUCAUCAAAGAGGGAAAAGUCUGAAAAAGCCUCCCAACUGCUCCAACUCACUAUACUCCAUCAUCAAGGGUUGUUGCCAAUGGAAGGAUCAAGAUCGACCCACUGUGGCCGAGGUCAGCCGCAAGCUCCUCUCAGGGGAGAAAAGUGCAUCAGACAAAGUCCUCAAGGCACCGGGAACAAUGAACAUCGAACGGUACCUGCAGGAAGCAGGAUACGGAGAAACCAACAGCUACACUGUUUUCUGAUUACUGCCUGUGCCAACAAAAUAAAUUGCACUAUUCAUCCAAUGGUAUGCCAAUGGUGCACUUCAACAACAUAUUUCAGAUACCAUGAAAACUCUGUUUAUGAGAGAUUUUGGCACUGAAAUUGUUCUUUUAUUUUGUCAUAUACGUAUAUAUUCUACUUUUGGAAAUGAGAAAAACUGUCUGCUGAUUAAGUUAACUUUGGGUACUAUCCCUUUUUAUCAAUGACCUCAUUCAUGUCUGUGUGUCUCGGCAAUUUUCAAAUCAGUUAGGGAAGUACAACUGGUAAUUUUGUAGUAAUACACUACUGUGAUAUAUGUAAGAGCAUGAGAUAUGUAAAUGAGUUUCGAGACUUGUAAACUUGACCAUUGUACAGCUGCUGCAUAAUGAACCUGCAGUUGAUACUGUCAGUCUAUGAUGGUUUACAAAUCUCAUUUACAGGCUAAAGCAAAUGUGUAUGAGUAGAUUUAAUACUGCGCGUGAUUCUGUAUUAGGCAGAAUUAUGCAAAUGAAGGACACAUCAAUGUCUCUGAACAUCUGUGAGCAAGAAUGAGCUCAAACUGUUUACACAAACUCAAAUGUAGAUAAAAAAAAAACUUCUUUCCAUGUG